AUGCCUGACUCGAAGAGAGGGAUAAUUUGCGAUGACUCGAGUUCAGAAAGUGAAUUCCAGUCGCCAAAAUUGAAGCGGAAGCAUAAAAGAUCGCACACUAUUGCUAAUCCCAGUUUUACUAACAAAGAAAUGGAUCUAGAAGUCAUCCCCAAAAAACGCACUUCUCAGACAUCGAAACGUAAGAUCCCUACAUUUGAAGAGGGUGAAGCUGGUGAGGAUCCGUACCAGCAUGCUCAUCGACGCUCUCCAAAGCGUCGAAAAUCAAUUUUUGCGUUGGACCUUGGUGAUACAGAGGCAGAGGGUCCAAGGGGCAAGGUGCAAUUGACCUUCGAAGAGAGUUUGAGGAAGGCGGAAAUGAAAAAGAAGGCUAGAGGGCCAUCCAAAUCUCCCAAAACUCUUCAUGAUUUCUUUUCAGUUCCAAAAGUUACUGAUCAGCCAAAAAAGGAGAGCAAGAGGGCGAUCUCAGUGGAUGAUUUCUUUGCAUCAUUGUCUCACAAGACACCACCACAGCGAAAAGAGCCUGUUGCUUUGGUUCCCGAGACUCCGACAACACCUCAGAGUGGCAGAAAAACGGACGAUGAUGAAAUCUGUCUUUCCGCUUCUAUGGUUGGAAAACCACUGAUGCCAUCACCUGCGCUUCUGCGCAGGGAAAAGAGGCACUCUGUGAGCAAGGUGAAGGACAGCCCUGUCUCGAAAGACGUGCUAAAAACUGCGCAGGUAUCCCAUGACGUACGGAAGGAAGAGAGACCAUCCACAAGCCCAGUGGGUGAUAGUUACGCCUCCAAAGAUGUCUCAAAGACGCCACCCGAAAAGAGAUCGAAAGAUACACAUAAGAAAAGGAGGGGGUUCGUGCACAAAGUGGACGAAAAUUCUGCCGCGAAAACUGUGCCGGAAACGCCGCCGAUAAAGACAUCGUCGAGAACCACUACUCCGAAGAAGAAGUUAGUACCUUCAGCCGCGACUCCGGAAACGGAGAAAUCACCAUCGACGAUAACACCCAAACAAGGGUCGAGUGGUGGAAGGCCCUAUUUUUGGAAGUUGCAGAAUCGUGAAGGGCCCCAGGCUCUUGGCUCUAGACUUAUACCAAAGAACACCUCGACCUGCUUCGCGAAUAAGACGUUUGUGAUUACCGGCGUGUUGGAAUGCAUUGAGCGAGAGGAGGCAGAGCGCCUAAUUCAACGCGGUGGCGGUCGGGUGACCCAGGCAGUGAGCAAACGCACCUCCUAUCUGGUGGUGGGUCGAGACUCUGGUGCCAGCAAGUUGAACAAGGCCGUCAGUCUGGGCACUCCGCAACUCACUGAGGAGGCCUUUUUUGAUCUCGUCGAUCGUGGUUUCGGCAAGGUUGACGCUGGAGAAGAGGGUGAUGACAACUGUGAUAUUGCUCUCAGUCUCACACCAUCCAGCACCAUUUCGGGGCGGCUGCUGACUCCUCCUCAGAAGGGGAAGAAAGUGAAGGAUGAAGAUAAUCAACUGGUUCUGCUGACAGAUCGACCUAUGAUUCCAUCUCCAUCACUAACGAAGACAGCGGUAACAGUGCCGCUGGUUCAGGAAUUGUGGGUGGAGAAGUAUAGACCGAGGACCAGGAAAGAGUUGGUGGGACAGAAUGGGGCUGCUAGUCCGGCCAAUCGUCUCUACGCGUGGUUGUCCAGUUGGCAGGAGGACUAUGCGACUGGUCGGAAAGCAAAAUCCUACUCGUCGGCACCGCCGUGGGCAGUUGGUGGAUCGAGCGACACGGGCGCUUGGGCACGUGCAGCGCUGCUUUCGGGUCCUCCAGGGGUGGGCAAAACAUCAACUGCCUCAGUGGUGUGCGCGGAGUUAAAUCUCGCUACCAUUGAGAUGAACGCCUCCGACACGCGAUCAAAACGCUCUCUACAGGAAGAGGUUGUUCAGGCCCUGGACAUGCGCUCCCUCUCUGGAUCUUUUGACCUCUCAAGUGCAAAAACCUUGGCACUAACUUCUCACGUCCUGAUCAUGGACGAGGUGGACGGAAUGGCGGGCAACGAAGAUCGAGGCGGAAUGCUGGAGCUAAUUGGAGUCAUCAAGACCUCCAAGGUGCCUGUCAUCUGCCUCUGUAAUGAUCGACAAUCGCCUAAGUGGCCCAUUGAAAAGGGUUCACUACCUGAGUCCAGUCUUGUUGGGUUAAUUGAUUUGAGUCUCUGGUCUCAAUCUCAGAUUCGUUCCUUGGCUAACUACUGUCUGGACCUCCGCUUUCAUCGUCCACGCGUAGAACAAAUCAAAGCUGCCGUGCUCUCCAUGGCCUGUCGUGAGGGUGUUAACGUCAGUUCGGCGGCUCUCAACGAGAUCAUCAGCGCAAGUAAUCAUGAUUUACGGCAGGUUAUAAACUCAGUUCAAAUGUGGUGCAUGAAUGGUGACCAUCACAAAACCGACGUUGCCGAGGCUGAUAUCACUGCCAACGCCGCUGCAGCUUACAAAAACCUCCGAUUGGGUCCUUUCGAAGUCAUUCGUAAGGUCUUCGCAACCAACAUUGAUGGCAAACCCGUCUCCUUCACCGAGGCAAUGGACCUCUUUUUUCAGGACUACUCACUCGGUCCACUCUUUGUACAGGAAAACUACCUCAACGUUCGUCCAGUGGCUGCGAAUGGGAACCCUCAGCAAACUCUGGAUCUUCUUGCUGAAGCCGCAGUAGAUAUUGCACAGGGUGAUAUCGUUAGUCGAGUGGUGCAAUCAACCGGCGGGUGGUCAUUGCUACCGACACAAGCUGUGUUUGCAAGCCUUCGACCGGGUCGCCUGCUGAGGGGAUCGUUGCCUGGAGGCCCUGGAGCGAUCUCCUCUCCAGCGUGGUUCGGUCGGAACUCCACGCAGACGAAAAACACGCGACUGUUGGCAGAGUUGUCGCAGCACAUGCGACUUUCGACGCAUGGCGGGGCGACAGAUUCGCGGUCGCUGCUUUUGGACUACCUGCAUCCAUUGGCUGUGCGACUGUCAGCACCGCUGAAAGAAGGUGAUAUCAACAGCGUGCUGGAGUGCCUAGACGCCUACCAGCUGUUGCGCGAGGAUAUGGACAGUUUGGUUGAGUUGACCACGUGGCAGGGUCGUCCAGGUCUCAUGAAGAACAUCGACGCCAAGGUGAAGUCCGCAUUAACGCGGACUUACAACAAGUCGGUACAUAAGGUACCCUAUGCAACGGAACUAGUCGGCGGAGGCAGAAAAAAAAGACGGAAACAAGGCGAGGCAUCGUCUGAAGUCACACUGGAAGAGGGAGAUGAGGCUGAUCAACCACUUGAAGAAGAGAGCGAGGAGAGUAGUGUGGAAGAGGAAGAAGAAAUUCGAAAGUUGGCUAGGGUGGUGAGUUAUCAAGAAGACGAUCGCGAAAACGUCCUCGGCUGCGGAAUCUUCAAGAGAAAAACCAGCGAAGAAACCGUCUAG